GGCCUCACUGAGGUCAGACAACUUGAACGUCCCGCUGCUCUUCCUUCAACCUGGAUCAUGAGAAAUCGAACACAAAGUUUUAAUUUGCAACUCCAACACCUCGGACAUGUCAAUGCUUCUCGACGUCAACAAAGUCCUACACGUGUUCGCGACGGUUUCAGGCGCCCAACCAGCUUGCUGUAUACCACUGGUUAUCUCUGUCCACCCAGACUCUUCCCAAUUCCACUGGCUUUUAUUUGAAGUUUGCAUCCAAAUAUCUAUAGCUCUCACUUCUUCAUGUCAAAAACAUCGACAGUGCGCGUGCGGCAUUGCCCUCCUUGACCCGCCGACCCAAAAAUAUUUGAUAAACCCAUAACCUUGACCACACCAAUGCAUAAUCACCCACCCAUUGAUAUUUCAACCGCAUGUGA